AUGUUGGAUUAUAAUAGGGAGUUACCACCAUGUUUCCCACCAACCAAAGUUGCUUUUCAAGGCAACCCUCAUCACCAAUAUCCACCAUCUCAGGUCAACCCUUAUCAUACACCAUUCUCAUCUCACCAUACAUAUCCAACCCCACCUCCAUCACCACUAUCAUUUGCGAUGCCCCAGGAUCAUAGGAUAGGUACAAUACUCGGAGAAACUCUAUUGUUGUCACGAGUGUUAGGCUCAGGAGCCUACGGAACUGUAUAUUAUGCUCAGGAUUUAUCCACUGGAAAAGAGUAUGCCGUAAAGGCGCUCAACAAAAGAAAUGCCUAUGGGCAGCCCUUGGACGCAAGACAACGACUUUAUCAAUCAAGAGAAAUAGCCCUGCACUGGAGUGCUUCCGCGCAUCCUAACAUAGUCUCGAUGUACAAGAUUCUCGAUGACCCGGACUGCACCUAUGUUAUCCUGGACUACUACCAAGAAGGAGAUCUUUUUUCAAAUAUUACCGAGGGUGGUAGAUAUGUAGGUCAUGAUGCUCUAAUCCGGAGCAUCUUCCUCCAAAUCUUGGAUGCCACGGAACAUUGCCACCGCCUUGGAAUAUACCAUAGGGAUCUCAAGCCUGAGAACAUUCUGGUCGCCAAUUCCGGUCAUACCGUCUGCCUAGCAGACUUUGGAUUGGCCACUCAGGAACCAACAUCUCGCGAUCACGCAUGCGGAUCUACAUUCUACAUGUCUCCAGAGUGUCUAGAGCAAUCAUAUAAGCCAUACAGAUGUGCCCCAAACGAUGUCUGGUCUCUCGGAGUGAUCUUAGUCAACCUCACCUUUGGAAGAAAUCCUUGGAGACAAGCCUCAUGGGAUGAUGCCACGUAUAAUGCUUUUCUCAAGAAUCCAGAUUUUCUGAAAACUAUCUUGAACCCAUCGGACGAGCUUAAUCUCAUUUUACAAAUGAUUUUUCAACAGGACCCGGAUCUCCGUAUCACAGUUCCAGAGCUGAGAUUAAGAAUACAACAAUUGCCAGGUUUUUACGCUUCCUCUUCCCAAGGAUCUGGUCGUACACCAACACCAAUCGUUGGCAAUUUAACCAAUGACUCUGGGUACUCCACCUCGUCUCCGUGUGUCGCAAGUCCAUUCCGAUCCUCAUCUUCGUCUCGCGACUCUGCUAUUUAUACCGACGAUGGGUGUACCAGCACUCUCAAUGGCGUCACUAAUUCAACUCGGUCAUUAUGCAGCACCGGCAAUUCUUUUCUAGAUUCUAACAGCCGUGGUCACGAAAAUCACGAUGUUCUUGCCGAUGGGCAUGUUUAUUUUGAUGGACUACCAACACCUUCGGGUUCUCAAGGGCCUUCUCAAUCAUCUUCAACUUAUCCAAAAAUCGGAGCACCUUUUCCACGGAAGUUUUGA